AUGUCGACUGUGUCAUCGUUGUGGCAACCAUAUUUCUCUGAGCUCCCCCAGGCUCUUUUCAGGCUGGCGGACAUUGUGAAGGUGAAGAAGCUGGAUGGGGGAGGGAACUGUGGAUUUAGAGAAGCUAUUGUAGAUAUUCUUCUAGUGGAGAACGGAUUCCAGUAUUACUUGCUCGAUACAGAUAGGGGUCACAUGUCCAGGGUCUAUGAUGUUGUGAUCCUAAGCCUCUGGGAGAGAGGGGAGACCCGCAGCGUGAUGAUUCACAGGACUCAGAGGACGCCUGGCCCCGCACUCCACCACCAUAACAGUCUUACUCAGCCCAGAGCCUCUCUCUUCUUGGUCAGCCUUUCCACUGAAUUUCCCAUAGAAGCCUCUCAAAACAAGAGCUAUGUGACUGAGGAGGAUGAGGGGCGGGGGCAGCCAUGGCCUAUCCUGAUAGGGCUGAGCAGUCCUGAAGAAAGGCAGAUCCGGGAGACUACUGUCCCUGUUCAAGCCUUGUUGACAGCCAUGUUUGCCCAGCGUCCCAUCAUCCACCAACAGAAAGUGGGAAUGAAAACCGUUAAGACAGGCCCUCUUGCUCAAGGGGUUCCCCAGCGGCUGGUGCCGCUCAGGUCCAAAGGGCACCGAGCCUUUCCAAGAAGCCUGGAGGAGCUCCUGACCCUGCCUUUCACGCACAAUCAGCGACCUCCCAACAACGCAUGCAACGACGGCAGACUCACAUCCCCAAUAGGGGCCAUGCUCUUCGCCAUCAUCCGUGGCUCCGGCUUCAUCAACAUCCAGGGUAGCUUGGUGAACAACCUUAAAGCACAGCAGAGACAUAUAGAUGUAGCUGAGAAGAUACAUGGCUGUGUUGGGAUCCAGGCUCUCGACCAGUUUGUCUAUCUUUCCAUUGGUCUUAUCUGCCACAUACUUAUUAAUGUCAACAGCGAAGCCAUCACUAAAAUAGGACUGCUUCAGGACGUCCAGGAAAUUGUGCUGCGCCUUAAAGCGGCUGUCCACGAACACAGCAGUGCCUUUAGUGGCAUCCUCGCCAGACACUUGCUGGUCCAGAAUGAUCUGGAUUCUCUGAACGGCCACCUUUCUGGCUUGCCGGACGAUCUCCUGUCCCUGAGUCUCCACAGAGUCCAGCUCCAGCAGCUCUUUGGUCAGCAGUUCUUCCAAACACCGCAAGACUGGGAUUAUCACUCAGAGGCUGGGGCGCAGCCUGACCUGCAGAUGGUGCUGGAGCAUGAGCUGGGGCAGAGGGAGGGGGCUCAGCUGGUGAAACUUUGGGAUCUCCUCUACCAGUGUUGCUGUACAUUUGGGGAGGGGGUGGAGCCCCAGUUCCAGUCCCUGGCCAUGCUGGAGGAUGGGGUGGACGGACAUGACUUCCAUAGGGGUUUUGAGGGGCCGGCUGGCCUGGCUGCCACUGCUGCUGUGACGGGGCAUAUGGGCUAG